CAACUAUAGGACAUCAAAAUCUGACUGAACUACAAACAAUGAAUUUUACCAUGCGGCAACAGGAGAACAACUUUUCAUGCAUUAAAAUCUUUGAGAUAUGCAUAUUUUUUGUCAUCUUAGUCGUAGGUGGCAUUGGAAAUGGACUUGUCAUCUUUGUGACCGGCUACAAAAUGAAGACGACCGUCAACUCCAUUUGGUUUCUCAACUUGGCAAUGGCAGACUUCCUUUUUAUCACGCUCUUGGUUUACCGAAUUGUUUUUGCCUUUGAUAAUAGUAUAUUUUGGGACUGGAACAAACUCAUGAAUGCAUGUUUGACUUUUCUUUGUGCACUAAAUUUGUUUGCGAGUGUUUUCUUUCUGACAGUUAUCAGUGUGGAUCGAUGUCUGUGCACAUGGUUUGUUGUUUGGGCUCAGAACAAGCGAACUUUAGUCAAAGCCAGAAUCAUCUGUGUAUUUGUGUGGAUUUUAUCCAUCUGCUGCAGCAUCCCUGUUGGCAUUGCUGUGUAUGUACUUAAAGAUGAAAAUUUAAUCAACGUCUAUACUACAUCCCUGCACACAUACCUGUUUAUUGUGGGAUUUGUAAUUCCCUUUAUAAUCAUUGCAUCUUCAUACAUAGCUAUUGGUGUGCGAGUAAAACGUCUGAAAACAGGAAAGCAGCUUCGGCCUUAUCGGAUCAUAUCUGUGAUUCUGGCUUUUUUCAUAUGCUGGUUUCCUUAUCAUCUUUACUAUUUAUGUUUCAUAAGUUCAGUGAAGAAUAACUGGAGUGACAGUGCUAAAGAGAAACUACGUACUGUAAGACCUUUUGUAGAUUGUCCGAUUUAUCUAAACAGUUGUCUGAACCCGAUUCUCUAUGUGUUCAUGUGUGAUGAGUAUAAGAAGAAACUUAAAAAGUCUCUCCUGCUGGUGUUUGAGGGGGCUUUUACUGAAGAGCAUCUGGGUUUGAGAUCAACUCCACUUCCUCACAACUCUCAAUGUCACAAGAUACUAAAUGCACAGACAGAAAAAACAACCAUCUAA